AUGAAAGAGGGAGGUAACCCCAAGACAAACACCACUGGGAACUCUACUUUACUCAAGGGUGUGGCCAAGAACCACGCAGACCCUGAGCCUCCCCCUCCCCUGAGCACUGUCAGAGCUGCCAGGGUCCAGAGUGUCAUAGGUCCCAAUAACACCGACGGCAUAGAAAGGCACUGCCAAUGCCUGAUGCUUGCCUUGGACUACAGCAGAAGACACAACCAGCAGCUGUACAGUGAGAUCCAACAACUGAAGCAGGAAAAGAAAGACCUGCAACAUCAACAGGGGAAAGAACAUGAGAAGAUGGACUGUGUGUUCAAAGCAGUGAAAGCAGAUCUGGAGCAGCACAGGCUAUCCAUACAGAUGUUGGCAUCAGACAAACCCAGUUUACAGUCUUCCCUGGCCCCCACACAGCAGGUGGCCAAUGAAAGCGCCCUAGAGCAGGAGGCUCUCACCAGCCACCUGCAGGCCGCACAGCAGCGAGUGACAGAGCUCGAGCUCCAGUUGUCUGCGGUGUCCACCAUGCAGAAGGAGACUGAGAACAACAACAUAGAGCUCAUGAAAGCCCUGAACCUCGUGCAGCUGCAGCUCCAGCAAAAGGCCAGAAGCUAUGAAGAUCUGGAGGACAAGAACACCAAGCUGCAGGGGAGGCUGGAAGUGCUUCUGACACAGAAGGCUGACAUGAGGAUCCAAAUCCACAAGUGCGAAGAGGCACUGGUGGAGCGGGCAGAGUUGCAAAGACAACUAAACCACAUGAAAGAGUUGGUGACAGCUUUAAAGGUGGAGAGAGACACCUUUGCAGGGGAGCUGAGGGCAGAGAGCUCCGCGGGAAAGGAGAAGGUGCAGCAGCUCUCAGAGCAGGUGAGCCAGCUGAGAGAGGAGAAAGAGCUGGGGGUGAGGCAGGUGUGGGAGCUAAAGAACAACCUGGUGGAGCUGAGAGCUCAGCUGGCAGAGCUGCAGCCCCCGCAGCCCCCCACAUGGCCAUCUGAGGCUGAGUAG